AUGGCAAAGCCAUACUGUCAGGCUGAGAGUGCUGGCAUUGACUUGGACAUCGCUGGACAAGGUAUCGUCACGGCGUAUGUUAUCCAGCUUGUGCUCGUUCUGUUCCUUGGCCUCUGUUUCAAACUCACAACAUCGUGGAUCCAAACAUUUAGCCGCAUAGGUGGCUCACUCCAGAAGGACUCUAGCUUUCGAGCCACAUGCCAAUGGUGGCAGACAACACUGUCCGAAACACGCUUCGCGGAAGCUGCAUCCUCUGCCAUGCUUGACUUUCAUGAAUCACAAGCGUUGUUCGCUGCUACCAUCUCAAUCACAGCCAUCAUCACUUUCGACGCUGGUAUAUAUUCCGUCCUAAUGGCACAGCUAUUGAUGCACCGAGCUGGCGAGCGGCGUUUCUAUACCCUCUUCUUCGUUGUCCUGUCAUGGGUCCUCAUGACUGUAAUCACAGAGUUUCAAGACUUCAAUGCUGAUGCAUUUGAACAACACUUGAAGCAGGUUUCGACCAUCGAUGCCUGCGGAGGUAAUCCCGGGCCGAUGAGCUUCUGUCAGGGAAUCAAGGGGGAAAAUAGUUACGACUUCUUCAACGUUACUCUUGCAUGUCGGUUUGCUAUUCACAUCACCACAUCAUGUCUUAUAAUCGAGUGGGCUGUGAACUUCGCCAAGACGCGAAUGACGGGUGAUAAGAUCAAGUAUACGAAGAUUGGCGGAGAUUCUUGGACAAUCUUCUCAUUUGCACAGACCAAAGGUGCUAAACUCUCGCUGGGUGUCUUCUGGGCUACUAUUCAACUCCUGACCGUUAUCAUGAUCUUCAUUGGUCUGCACGAGAUGAUUGAACUUCUGGAUAUGCACUCGGCUGGUGGUGGUCUGUCGACAUAG